CAUUAUCCCUACCCUCUUCUGUCUCAAAUCUCCUCCUUGAAUCCAAUCUCACGCACAAGUGCCGCCGGUGUACUCCACCAAGUGUACUCGGCAGUGUACUCCGCCACAGCGACAAACUCACGACGACACUCUCUCCUUCUGACGAAUCUCCUUUCGACGAAUUUCCUCGAGCAAUUCAUCUUCCUAUGUGUAUAUUCAAUGUUCAUUAACAAAUUAGAGAUCUUUUGAGUCCAUUUAGUAAUUUACAAACAGAGAAUCAAAAUCCUCCAAUUCAUGCUUCUCCAACACCAUCCCAACCUCAAUCCUCCAUCUCUGAUAAAAACUCCACCGUUUUAGGCCUUCCCCAACCAAAAUCCACCUCAUAUAGCUCAAACAACGACGACCCAUAAACGUUCAUAUCGAAUGUUCCUCAAUCUACAGCCUUCGAUUUCUCGACCACUAUAAAGAGACCCAGCAAUGCAUCAGGAAAAUUUGGAGGUGAAUCGGCAUGCACAUCGCAGCAGAGAAAAUCUAAGCAAAAGAUAAUGAGAAUAAAUUGAAUAGGAAGGUUUCAACGUGAGAAGCUGAGAGAUGAAAGUGGAGGAGCUUUAGGGUUUGGGAUGGGGUGUAGUUUGUGUUUUUGAUCAAAACAGAAGUAGGCUUGAUUGAUGCAUCCUUCUGUCAAAAAACCUUUUGCGUCCGUCACAGACGAGGCCCUCUCUAACGUUCACUCAUCAAUCUCAAAGCAAAGGCCACUGAGCGAGUAACUUCUUUUGUCUUGCACUCCUGACGGGUUUUGUCUAUUUUGCAACAAAUUGAGAGACUUGGCGACCAGUCUAAACCUAACAAAGCUUCAAUCUUUGCUUGUAGUUCUAAUUCCUAAUUCAAAUUCACUACUUUCUCGUUUCUGGGUUUUGUUUUCGGCACUGAAUCAUGGCUUCUUCAAUGCUCUAUGGACCUGAAAAUCUCACGCUAAUUAGAGGUCCAACCCCAAAAGGAUUAGGUUUCUUGGGUUCUGGCGUUCAUGGGAAACAGUUUUCCAAUUUGGGAUUAAUCUCUUGCAGUAGAAUGUCAAAGGCAAGGAUUGCAGUUCCCAAGUGUAGUUUAUCAGCUUCUAGGCCAGCUUCGCAGCCUAGGUUCAUACAGCACAAGAAAGAAGCCUUUUGGUUCUAUAGAUUCCUCUCAAUUGUGUAUGACCAUGUGAUAAACCCUGGUCACUGGACUGAGGACAUGAGAGAUGAGGCACUUGCACCGGCUGAUCUCAGUGACCGAAAUAUGGUUGUGGUAGAUGUGGGUGGUGGCACCGGUUUCACCACUUUGGGUAUUGUUAAGCAUGUUGAUGCCAAAAAUGUUACAAUUCUUGACCAGUCACCACAUCAGCUUGCUAAGGCAAAACAAAAGGAGCCAUUGAAAGACUGUAAGAUCAUUGAAGGCGACGCAGAAGAUCUCCCCUUUGACACUGAUUAUGCCGAUAGAUAUGUAUCUGCUGGAAGCAUUGAGUACUGGCCUGAUCCGCAGCGCGGCAUCAGGGAGGCCUAUCGGGUCUUGAAACUAGGAGGAAAGGCCUGCCUCAUAGGUCCUGUGUACCCGACAUUUUGGCUUUCUCGUUUCUUUGCGGAUGUUUGGAUGCUCUUUCCCAAGGAGGAAGAGUACAUCGAGUGGUUUCAAAAGGCUGGAUUUAAAGAUGUUCAAUUGAAGAGGAUUGGUCCAAAAUGGUAUCGAGGCGUUCGCCGGCAUGGUUUGAUUAUGGGAUGUUCUGUAACAGGUGUUAAACCUGCCUCUGGAGAUUCUCCUUUGCAGCUUGGCCCCAAGGCAGAGGACGUGUCAAAGCCUGUGAAUCCAUUUACAUUCCUUUACCGCUUCAUUUUGGGCGCUAUGGCAGCGACGUACUAUGUACUGGUUCCUAUCUACAUGUGGCUCAAAGAUCAAAUUGUACCCAAAGGCCAACCAAUCUGAGAGAGAAUCGAGCUGCUUGAUCAAAUUGUACCCAAAGCUCAACCAAUCUGAGAAAGAAUCGAGCUGCUUGUGAUUGAAUCUAUAAUUUGUAUAACUUUUCUUUCAUAAUUCGGAGUGUUUCUGCUGGUCACCUUUUCCCUUUGUUUGCUCAAAUAAAUGCGCGUUGCAUCAAGGUUCUUUUUGUUCAGAAUCUUGGCUGUGUAAGAGGCCAGAAACUCGUCUAGA